GCGUCUCUCUGGCAGAUCGAGUUGGGAAAGGGAGGAUGAAGGUGCGGUCGUCUGUCCGUCGAAUCUGUGCAGCAUGCCGUGUUGUCAAGCGGAAGAAGAAGGUGUUUGUGGUGUGCAAGUCGAACCCGCGUCAUAAGCAGAGGCAAGGCUUUGCUACCAUGGCGUCCUCGUCUGCUUCUCCUGCUCGCUUCCCCUCGCGCCUCUCGGCAGACGCCUUUACCGGGAGCGUUCUGGCUGACUUGGAGGCCUCCAUCCGCAUGGCAAAGUCCAAGAGCCUCUCUGCAUCGACUGUCUUUGCUGGACGUACUGCUGCGGCUGGUACAACUGCUGCACAGCCCUCGCUCAACAUCUUCCGGAGGUGGCUCUGACUGGAGCCGGGGAUGAACUCCCGCUCGUCGGCCUUUCCCGUCGUCCGCGUUCGGCGGGUGAACGCAAGCGAGCCAAACGCAAACGCAAACACACACACAAACACACACACACACGCACA